GUGGUGAGCAGCGAGCUUCCUUUACUCUCCUCUCCCUGCGUCUCACUCAGGGCCUCCGUCACGGCUGAAGAGCAGCUUCUAUUGCUUCUAUAACCACCAGGAAAAGUCUCAGCAGCUCCAACUUAUCAUUAUUAUCAUUUUAAUUCACGAUGGCUCUCCAUAUAUCUGGUCUAAUAACGAUGGCCAUCUUUUAUUUGUUGGUGCUGGGGAUUGGGAUCUGGGCUUUUUUGAAAGCUAAGAAGAUGGAGAAAAAUUCAGCUGGUGGACAGGUGGAAGUUUCUUUUUUGGUUAAUCGGAGGGUCACCUUGGCAGUGGGCGUCUUGGCAGUGUGUGAUCAGUAAUUUGGUGCUAACUUCAAACACAUUUUGCUUUGUUUUUUUUUAAUGAAACAAUAUCUGUUUGCUUUUAUAAAAGUAGUAACUUGUACCAUGAAUGUGAGACUUGUGUGUGCUCUGUCUUGUAUGAUUGGCUGCAGCUACUUGGGUUGGAGGUGCCUUUGUCAUUGGAGUUGCAGAGACUGUUUAUGACCCCACAAAGGGGCUAAUCUGGGCUCUCAUUCCUCUACAAAUAUCAGUUUCAUUCAUCAUCGGUGGUCUGUUCUUCGCAAAGCCGAUGCGGGAUAAAAAUUACAUCACCAUGAUGGAUCCCUUUCAGAGGAAGUAUGGGACAACACUGACCGGGCUUCUCGCCAUCAUCCCUUUCAUAAGUGAAGUCAUGUGGGUUCCUGUCACGCUGAUUUCCUUGGGAGUCACACUUUCCGUCUUUUCCGAUCUGCCCUUAAGUCUCUGCAUCUGGAUCUCUGCUGCGGUGGGCAUCGUCUACACAGUUCUUGGAGGUCUCUAUUCAGUUGCUUUUACUGAUGUCAUCCAGUUAUCACUGGUGUUUUGUAGCUUGUGGUUGUGUGCUCCCUUCGUUCUGGCGAGUGAUGUCUACACUGACCUCCGUCAAACGGCUUUCAACCACACAUUUCAGGCGCCCUGGCUCGGCCGCCUUGAGCCUGAUGACGUGUGGAUAUGGAUCGAUAAUUUUCUCGCAAUGAGUGUUGGAAAUUUGGCGUUUCAGGACUUCUAUCAGAGAACACUCUCCUCCAGCUCCACGGCCACGGCCAGAAUGAUUUGUUUCAUAGCGGCAGGUGUGGUCAUUGUUCUGGGAAUUCCACCUGUGCUGAUCGGAGCUGUUGCAGCAUCAACAGACUGGAACCUGACCUCUUAUGGCUCACCUUCACCCUAUGAGCGAGGAGAGGCUGCCAUGGCGUUGCCCAUUAUCCUUUUGCAUCUUACCCCCACCGCUGUUUUCGUUGUCGGCAUGGGAGCCAUCGCCGGCGCUGCCAUGUCAUCCACUGACUCGUGCCUGCUGGCGGCAACCUCCAUCUUCACCACCAACAUCUACACCCUCGUUAGGCAUCAGGUAUCAGAGAAAGAGCUGCAGUGGGUGAUCCGCCUCUCCAUAGUGGUCGUAGGGACUGUAGGAACCUCACUCACCUACCUGGACAGCAGAACGUUGGCCUUCUGGAUCCUCAGCUCUGACUUGACCUACACCGUCAUGCUCCCCCAGCUGAUCUGCAUCCUCUUCGUCGGAUCAUCCAAUGCCUACGGGGCUGUGGCAGGUUACGUUGUUGCCUUUGUGAUGAGAGUGCUGUGUGGCGAGCCGGUGUUCAACCUUCCCGCCAUCCUGCGUUUCCCUGGCUGCUCUCUGGAGGAUGGUGUUUAUGUGCAGCGCUGGCCUUUCAAGACCACUUGCAUGCUGUCCUCUCUGGUCACCAUCCUGGUAUUUUCUUAUGCGACAUCGCUCUUGUUCAACAAGGGGAUCCUCCCAGAGAGGUGGGACCUGUUCAGGGUGAAGACUCAAGAAGAAACAGCACCAGCAGAUGGCGCCAGACUCGGUGAAAAUGAUAAACAUGCAUCUGAACUGAUGUUGGACACAAGAUGCUAAGUUUAUCUUUUUUUCCUACAUUUUCAAGUCUUCAGCACUUCUGCUAUAUUAAAUGAUGCACAUUGGUAAUGGCAAUGCUGAUUUCUGGAUUACUUUUGUUGUUAUGCAAAAUAAAACGAACAAAUGCCUUUUACUUAACAGCUAGUUCAACAUUAUGUUUACAAUUACCUUGAGUCAGAAAACAAUUAAUCCCCACCAAGCUGCUUAGAGCACAUUUUACAUGUUUUUUUUUAAAAUCAUUAUUUAAGAGAAAUAUCUGCUCUGCUGUAACAGCAGCAUAUUUGUGUAUAUCACUAUUUGUGUGGGUAACUCCGUAUAACAACCACUGCUAAUAAUGAACUGAUUGUUAGUUAAACUUGAGUAAAUAGCUAUUUUACUGUUGACAUUUCAAUAAUAAAUAUGUCGUACUAAUCAGUGGGCAUGUUAUACUUUAAAUCUGUUUAUGUCAUUAAGUUGUGCAAUAUAAAAUUCCAUACUGUGAAAAAGUUUGCCCCCUCUCUGAUUUCUCAUU